CGCCCUCAUUCCAAUUCUACAUCUCAUUCAGCACCUACACCACAGCAUCACCAAUGGAUCCCAGCGACACCAAGGCCACCUCAAUCUCCUCGGACUUUGAGGUCGCCUCGCUCAAGAACCCCGACUAUGUGAGGAAGUUUGACCGGGUUAUUGACGACCUCCAGGAUGUGUACUCUCAUAAAAUCCGUCCGCUCGAGAAGGCCUACAACUAUGAGCACUUCUCGUCCUCGGCACCCCUGGGUAACGACGACAUUGCUGCCAAGCCCAUGGUCCUCCUGAUCGGACAGUACAGCACGGGUAAAACGACGUUUAUCAACUCGCUCCUGAAGAAGUCGUAUCCCAGCUCACACAUCGGAGUCGAGCCAACGACGGACCGAUUUGUGGCGGUCAUGGACAACCCGACGGAGAGAGUUAUCCCAGGAAACGCAGCGGCAGUUAGUUCAGCCUUGCCCUUCAAGGGUCUCGACAAGUUUGGACAGGCAUUCCUGUCCCGCUUCCAGGUCUCGCAGACGCCGUCCCCAGUCCUGCAGAACUUUACUAUUGUCGACACCCCGGGUAUUCUUUCCGGAGACAAGCAGCGCGACCGUGGAUACGACUACACAUCUGUAAUCGAAUGGUUUGCAGAACGCGCGGACCUUGUCCUCUUGCUCUUUGACUCACACAAAUUGGAUAUCUCGAACGAGCUCAAGGCUGCGAUCCAUGCACUCAAGGGACAUGAGGAGAAGGUCCGGGUGGUCCUUAAUAAGUCCGACAUGGUUAACCAGCAGCAGUUGAUGAGGGUGUAUGGCGCAUUGAUGUGGUCACUCGGCAAGGUCGUCCACUCACCCGAGGUGAUGCGCGUGUACCUUGUCUCGAUCUGGCUGGAGAAGCCCGCGAAUGCCUUUGACGACUGCCGAGCACUGCUUGACUCUGAAAAGAACGAUCUGCUGCAGGAUCUACAGCAGCUGCCCAUCAACGCCGCCAUCCGCAAAGUGAACGAGAUCGUGAAGCGAGCCCGUCUUGCUCGAGUGCACGCAUUGAUUGUGGCCCACUUGCGUGAGCAGAUGCCAUCGUUCUAUGGCAAGGCUGCGGCAUUGAAACAACUUUCCGAGAACCUGCCACAGGAGUUUAAGAUCGUGUCCAAAAAGUACCGUCUCCCCAUGGGCGACUUUCCGGAUAUUGAAAAGUUCAGGGAGGGGCUUAUUGGCAUGAAGUUCGAACAGUUUGGCGCCCUGAAUGAGAAGCUGCUCCUGGCUUCUGAUGAGGUAAAAGAUGCUUCUUCCAGAGCUGUUGCAGCGUCUGCCACAUCAUUCUUCGUUUACAGGAACAACGGCAAAGCCGCAGAUGGAUUCAGAGGACGAGGAUGAUUCGGAAGGGCGUCCUCUCAAGCGGGGCCUGUCACGGUUGGGCACACGGUCGAGAUAUGCACCCGUGAAACCGGAGCGGGAUGUUUCUGCGAUCGUGUACAACAUUGUGCUUUUCACACUUGCGCUGUUCUUUGCGACGGUUGUCGGCGGUGCGAUUUCGAUGAAGAUGGGCUGGGUCGAUGGCAUGGGUCCAUUGAUCGAGCUCUUGCGGCCUUGAUCCCCCAUUGCACAUAGAAGAUGGAUUGUGAUAUUAUAUACAAAAUAUAAUUAUUCUUUUACUAAUGCAUCUGUGGAUUGAUAUAUGAAGGAGAGAAAGAAUGGGGAGAGGUUAGAUAAGAGAACAAUAUGUGUCUUUGAUUGCUG